ACACCCUCUCCUCAGCCUUCAGUCUGGUCUCGUAGUGCAAGAGGCAGCAUGUGUUGAGUAUGUGCUGUAAUGUGUGUAUGUGUGCGUAAAGAGUCCAACGCUGGGCUGGAGUCCGUUAAGACGUCUCACUGAUGCAAGGAUUCCCCUGUUUGCUCCCGGAGAGGACACACGCUGACUGUGUUUUAACCACCACGGGGAAUUAACUGUUACGCACACACAAGGAACACUGGGAGCUUAAGUAAAGUCACACACAGAGUCAGCGAGCUACCAUGCAAGGGGCUGGCCUAACCAUCGGGAGCAAUUUGGGGUUCAGUGUCUUGCCCAAGGACACUUCGACAUGUGGACAGAAGGAACUGGGGAUCAAAUCGCCAACCCAAGGGAGAAACUGACACCACCGUUUGAGGAUGUGUGGAGGAUCAUGCAGUCGGUAAAAGUAGACACCGCGCUGAUGUGGAGAAGCUGGUGAUGAGGCUGCUUAACCACAAGCUGUUUGCAGGAUGCAUAGCGAUGAGUUGAAUCAUGGGAAAUGUGGAGAGUCAGAAUGGGGACAGUGGUUUCUACGGCGAUGUGACGGGACAUCUCUCCCGUAAGCACACGUCCCGGUCACUCCGUCUCUCCAGCAAGCAGCCAAUCACUCGCCGUUCCCGGCACUCUUCUUCAGUGAAACAGGAACACAGAAACUCUGAAGCUUCAACUCGCUCCUCCAGCACCCCUAGCAUCCCACAAUCCUUAGCAGAGAAUGGACUGGAACCUUUCAACACAACAGAUGCGUUUGGAGAGUUCGGCAUCAACCCUCACUGGACACAGCGUGUCGCUAUGACAAUGAGACCGGAGUCCUAUCAAAAUGAUGACGACCUCUUGGCCACGCCAACUCCUGAAACCUCAGAGGCGGACACUGUUGCCCAUAAUGGAGGAAAUGACUCCAUGGGGGAGGAGGAGGGAGACGUUGUUGGAGAGGAAAGGUACCUUCAGCGAAUGACUGAGGGUCCACGGGAGGGAGGGAGUUUUAAAAAGAAGCGGUCCAAAUCAGCAGACAUGUGGAGAGAAGACAGCCUGGAGUUCUCUCUGUCUGACCUGAGCCAGGAGCAUCUGACCAGCACUGAGGAGAUGAUAGAUGGAGGAGAAGAAGAGGAGGAGGAGCAGUUCACACUCCCCAGAGGCAGUGCAGGCUCAGCUGAAAGGGCAUCGUCUCUGGACCAUCUGUGCAGCCAGCAGAGCCCUGGCCUCAGGGGGCAGAGAAACCGUUACACUAAAAAUCGGAGAGAAGUCGAGUGCGAUGGAGAAGGGGAGGAGGAUUUGAUGUCUCCAACCGAGGAGGAUGGUGGCGGGUAUGGAGCAUUCACGCUCCCCUGCCGACGCUCCCACUGCUUGUCUGAGGGCUUGGCAGGGCUUGGCAUCCCGGCUGCACCAUGCCCUGCUUUCCAAGGACGCCGAGCACAAACUACUCAGGACAUCUCUGGUGUUUUGGGCGAGGGAAGUGAGUAUGGCGACAGCGGCAUCGAUGGCAUAACCACGGAGAUAGAUGGGGAUGGAGAGUUGGUGUCACGGCGCUGUAAGGCCAUGUCGGCCUCUUUCUCAGUAUACUCGGCUACUGAAAGCAGUGUUUUCAAUGGGAGUGACAGCGGGAGCAGCAGUGCAGGAGGAGGAGAAGGUAGAGGUGGUGAGGGAGGCAGGGGAGGAGUGUAUGAGAAUUUCCGGAAGGAGCUGGACAAUCAAGCCUGGACACAUCAGGGUCGGGACUGCACGGAGGAGGCUGGCUCUGCUGUGAGUGAUGAGCAGAGCAGCAGCACACUCAGUAGUGCAUAUCCAUCGGACAUUCUGAUAGGCUGUGCACAAGGCAUAGUUAGGAAAGCAGGGGCUCUGGCUGUGAAGAACUUCUUGGUUCAUAAGAAAAACAAGAAGGUGGAACCUGCAACACGGCGCAAGUGGAAACACUACUGGGUCUCUUUGAAAGGCUGCACACUCUUCUUGUACGAGUCAGACGGUCGUUCUGGGAUCGACCAUAACAGCGUUCCUAAACAUGCAUUGUGGGUUGAGAACAGCAUUGUCCAGGCCGUACCUGAACACCCCAAGAAAGACUUUGUCUUCUGCCUCAGCAACUCAGUGGGAGAUGCCUUCCUCUUCCAGACGUCAGGGCAGACAGAACUGGAGAACUGGAUCACGGCGAUCCACUCUGCAUGUGCCGCUGCUCUUGCUCGGCAGCACCACAGGGAGGAUACGGUGCGGCUGCUGCGAACCGAGAUCCGCAAGCUGGAGCAGAAGAUCGACAUGGAUGAAAAGAUGAAGAAGAUGGGAGACAUGCAGCUGUCCACCGUCACUGACGCCAAGAAGAGGAAGACCAUACUGGAGCAGAUCUUCCUGUGGGAGCAGAACUUGGAGCGGUUUCACAUGGAUCUGUUCCGCUGUCGGUGCUACCUGGCCAGUCUGCAGGGCGGCGAACCCCCCAACCCCAAACGCCUGCUGGGCUUCGCUUCGCGUCCCACCAAGCUGGCCAUGGGUCGACUGGGCAUCUUCUCUGUCUCUUCCUUCCAUGCACUGGUGUCAGCCCGUACAGAAAGCAGCAUCAGGAAGCGGAACCAGGCCAUGCCUCGUACCUUCAGUAAACGUCGUAGCCGCUUCUCCUCCCUCUGGGGGCUGGACACCACCUCAAAGAGGAAGACCACGGGACAUCCUUCAAUCAACCAGGUGUUUGUUGAUGGGAUGGAGCCGGUGAAAAAGCCAUUGGAGUGCAUGUUUGAAGACUCUGCCAGUGAGAAAUCUAAGGAGAGAGAGGGCUCGGUAAAAAGUCUUCCUCAGCAAAGCGUAGACGGUGACAUUUGGGUUCCUGAUUACCUGACUCCCUCCUGGGUGUGUCUGCCGAACAAUCAGCCCGUCCUGGCCAUCAUACAGCCUGGUGAGACAGCGCUGGAAGUCCUAAGCACCGUCUGCAAGACUCAUAAACUAGACCCCUCCGGCCACUACCUGCGUUUGAAGGUGUGGAUUGACAACCAAAUCCUCUUUUUUGUUCCCAAACUUGAAGAGGACAUCUCUGAUCUGCUCUACAAAGAGAUUGAGAUUUGCCCCAAAACUACCAAGGUGAUCCGGUUUGACAAAGCAGAGUCCUGCACCAUCGGAUACGGUUUUUCUGUGGCAGUUAUAGAUGAGGAUGGGAUGCAGCAGCUUUAUAUUACUGAAGUGAAAGCAGAGGGACUGGCCUCAGCUAAAGGUUUGAAAGCAGGGGAUGAGAUUCUGUUGCUGAAUGGUAAACCUGCAUCUGCCCUCCAAAUGGAUGAUAUGACGGCUGCGUUUGUAAACCAAGCAUUGACCUUGAGCGUCAGCACCCUGCCCCAGCUGGACCCUCGGGUGCUGUGCUCCCUUCCACCCCGGCGCUCCGAUGGGGAGCAGGACCCAGCCACAGACAUCUUCUCCCAGAGCCAAGAGGACAUCCUGGAUGAGGAGUCGGGGUUGACAGUGAAUAGCCCAGAUGAGAGUUUGGAGGAAGGAUCUCAGCUGACCCUGCAGAGCCCCGGAGGUCAUCAGGAAGAUAAAACCUGCAUGGGGACUGGACAGAAGAACACGGAGCAGGUCACUGCUUUCUGCCGCAGUCUCCAUGACAUGAAUCCCCUAGAGUGCCCUAUGUCAUCGUCCUCAUCAUCGUCUUCGUCAUCCCUCUCCCCGAGCCCUGUGUCAGCUUUACCGCCCACAGCCGGCACUGCCACCCAGAGACAGCUCUCCCACGCAGACAAACUCCGCAAGGUCAUCAAUGAACUGGUGGAAACGGAGAAGACUUACGUCAAAGACCUGAGCUGCCUAAUAGAGUGCUACUUAACACCUUUGCAGAAAGAGAGCUUCCUUACGCAGGAUGAGCUGGACGUUUUGUUCGGUAACCUCGGGGAGAUGGUGGAGUUCCAGGUGGAGUUUCUCCGGACACUGGAAGAUGGAAUUAGACUGGUUCCAGAUCUGGACAGACUGGAAAGGGUAGAGCAAUUUAAGAAAGUGCUGUUCUCCUUGGGUGGUUCAUUCCUGUAUUAUGCCGAUCGCUUUAAGAUCUACAGCGCCUUCUGCGCCAGCCACACCAAGGUCCCAAAGGUCCUGGCUAAAGCAAAAACUGACCCAGAUUUCAAGGCUUUCCUGGCUGAGAGAAACCCCAGACAGCAACAUUCAUCCACUCUGGAGUCUUACCUGAUCAAACCCAUCCAGAGGGUCCUGAAGUACCCGCUUCUGCUAAAGGAGCUCUACUCUCUCACUGACCCUGACAGCGAGGAACACUACCACCUGGACGUUGCAAUGAAGGCCAUGAACAAAGUUGCAAGUCACAUCAAUGAGAUGCAGAAGCUUCAUGAAGAGUAUGGAGCUGUUUUCGACCAGCUCAUCAAUGAACAGACUGCAGAUAAAAAAGAGGUGGCCGACCUCUCGAUGGGGGAUCUUUUGCUGCAUUCUACUGUGGUGUGGAUCAACCCUCCAGUCUCUUUGGUCAAGAGCAAAAAGGAUACUGAAUUGGCUGCUUUUGUGUUCAAAACAGCAGUUGUAUUUGUGUACAAAGACUGCUCAAAGCACAGGAAAAAAAUCGGUGGAUCUCACCGUGCGACUGUGAGUGAUGACAAAGAUCCUUUCCGUUUCCGUCACAUGAUCGCAACGGACUCUCUGCAAGUCCGUGCCCUUGCAAACUCUGAGGGCACAGCAGUGUGUGAGAUAGUUCACACAAGAUCUGAAUCUGAAGGAAGACCAGAGAGAACCUUCCAAUUGUGCUGCAGUUCUCAAGAUAGUAAGAAAGACUUCCUGAAAGCAGUCCACUCCAUCCUUAGGGAAAAGCAGCGCCGCCAGCUUCUUAAGACAGAGUCUCUACCACCCAACCAGCAGUACGUUCCGUUUGGGGGCAAACGUCUGUGUGCCCUCAAAGGGGCGAGGCCCGCCAUGAACAGAGCAGCAUCAGCUCCAUCACGAACAUUAGCCCGCAGCAAGCUGGUGAGGAACCGCUUCACCAUCGAUACCGACCUGGUUUUCCAUGGAGGCGGCAACAACAACAACAGCAGCAACGAUUCAGACCCCUCCCUCCACUCCUCCCACUCGCAGCUGUCCCAGCAUGCUCUUCAAUCCCGCAAACCUCAAGGAGAGGACACGGACCGUUGGGUGGAAGAGCAGUUCAACCUGGAUUGCUAUGAAGACCAGGGUGAGGGCAUUGAGGUGGGGCAGGUGAAGGAGACGGACAUUUUAAGUGACGAUGACGAGUACUGCAAGUCUGUCCGAGCCGCAUCGGCAGAACCGGCUGACCUGGAGGGGAAGAUGGAAGGACUUAACCUACAGGGAGACGGUGAUGAUUCAGGCUCGGUAGACUCCUUCACCUCCUGUGGUGUCUCUCUGUCCCGCUGUGCAACCCCGACUAUAAAGCUUGCCCCCUUGAAGCAGUGUGCUGUGGAGGGGGCCACAAACAAGGACCAUGACGUCAUCUGGGUGCGGCGGGACGAGUUUGCUAACGGGUGCAACGGUGACGUCUUCUGAUUGGGAAGACGAGAUGAAAGUGCACGAAAACCGGGGAGAGAUUGGAUACAAGCUUUAACUAUGUAGAAUUUGGAGGAGAAAAUGUGUAUAGAAGGUAUUAAACCUCAGCCAGUCCUCCCUGUGUCACUACACAAUCCUCUUCCCACCUCACCUGCAUCUCCCUUGUUCUGACAAUCCUAAAGUACUGAAACAACAAGUGAGUAAGGAAAAGUCAAAUGAACUCAGCUUCAUUUGAUGAAACCUAGAGAUUCUCAUCCCGAACUGCUUAAAAGUGAACCAGAAAGAAUACAGGGUCCUCACUGUUUUGGACAUACACCCAGCCAUCACACACACCUGUGGAAUUGUAUUUGAACGUAUGAACAAGACAGCACUGCAUGUACACGCAAGUAGGCAAGCAUGUGUGUGUGUGUGUGUAAUGUAUACUGUAAUUGCAUAUAGUACACAGAAGCACAGAGACUCGAGGCAGCUACUGUACCAUGCACGCAUUGUACUGAAGCGACGUCAUCACUGAACUGUGACUUUGUGGCCAAAAAUGUCUAUUUUUCAACACAGGAAUGUGGGUGUUAUAUUUUUUUGACUCAAAUUGUUUGUAUUUUAACACUCAAGGGCUGUGUUACUGAAUUUCUCUUCAGGGGCUUUUGGCUUAACGACUGCUGUGUAAAAGAUGGUGAGCUCCAACUAGCUUUAUUGUGCUUUUUAUUGUUUUAAUUUAAUAUCAGCUGCACAUUGGUGUAUAGUCAGGAGUACGAUAGAGUGCUGUUAACUUUCUCGUAUGAAAAUGUUUUGAAGCUCACUUUUGUCUCCUAGCAUAUCAUUUUAAAAGACAACAGAUCUACCCAGUCUACCUAUUCUUUAUUUAAUUAUUGCCUUUUUACUGUAUUUUUUAAUGUUUACACACAUUCAGCUGCCCAGUGUUACAAACCAACUUUUGUGUGUUUGGUGCCAGAAACAGGCUUGAGAGAGCGCUGACGCAUGUGCCCUUCACAUGAAUGUCCAGUCUUGACAUAACAAUGACAUUUGUUAUAUUUAUAACUGGAUUUCAUCAAGGUCCUUCAUAUACUGGACCCUUUCUUGCCCCCACAGGCCAUGCUCUCUCCAUGCUCCAUGUUCUUGAUAAAUAGCAUAAUGAUUCCUACAAAAACAAUCCUGUUUUACUUGAAUUUUCUUUGUUGUUUUGAAAGGAGGUAUUCAAUAGAGCCAUGUUAGUGACUGUACUGUAACUCCAAGGAGAAGAAUCAUACAGUUGACUGUCAUCCUCUGACUGAUUCAGACAUCUUCUUCUGCUCUCUCCAGCUCCUUUGACCUUUGUCAUGUCAAGCAGCAUCACAACCACAAAGAAGCUGGCUGAGACAGACUUCACAUCCAUGACAUUUGACAUCAAUCCCUACUAAAUUUCCUCUUCACCCCUCCUGCAUUUCUUCCCCUAGCCACCAGGCUGUGCUGUUUCACUAUAUGUCCUCACAACAACACGCUGAUUGCUGAGAUCAACAUAGUCAUGCGCACCUUAAUGGAUGUAUUGAACAUGCACUUAAUAAUAACUCUGAGGGGGGAAUUCUGCACGCUACUCUGAUUCAGAGUGUGAGGCGAAUGGAGGGAAACAAUACACUUUGGAUGUUCUUAUUAUUGUCUUUUUAUUAUGCUGGUUUCUUAGAUUUUAGUUUACUGGGUGAUGAUGCCCAGUAUGGAUGUUCAGACUGUGAGGUACAAUCACCUGGCCUUGGUGGCAAAUCCUGUGAGAACCCCUUUGACUCCUCCCUUUGUACUUUAAAAACUGUGUUCGUACAUAAAACUGUGGAGUAUUAUCAUUUUUAUGUGAAAAUAAAUUUUUCUAAAUUUA